AUGGCCCGGCCUACGCCCAGUGGCCUCACUCAGGCCUUCCAGGCUCUGCGGCUACACCCAUCAUCAACAUACCGCCCUGUAACCCGGUGCCUGGCCCGACAGACCCGGGCCUAUGCGACAGAGGUAGAAGGCCAGCAACCACCAGCCACAACACAAGAGCAAGUGGCAGCAGCGCCCGAGAUCGACUUCACAAAUUUCUCCCGCCGUCCAGCCCGCAUUAUCCCCGCCUCCCCAUCCUACUUCUCCGGCAGCCCGCGAUUCAUCGACCAUGUCUUGAAGCUGGAGCAGCUGCAAGCGAAGUACGCCUCGCUCCCGACUGUGGCCGCCGGCGAGGCGCCGCGCAUGGCCUGGUUCAAGCUGGCCCAGUUCCGCGACUACGUGGGCGAGCCAGUGCCGAUGAAGAAAUACAAGAGCCUGGUGAAGAUUCUGCAGCGACUGAACCGCAUCCAGCCGGCGAUGGUGCCGGGUGAGGUGAAGAACACGCUCGAGUCAUUCUUGCGGCCGGGUAAUCCGUACGCGGUGCAACAUGCGCAGCGGACAGUGGACGAGAAUGGGCGCGCGCGUGCCAAGGGCAAGCGUAAGGAGUCGACUGCCGUCGUGCAGCUGGUCGAGGGCGAGGGCGAGGUCCUCGUCAAUGGCAAGUUGCUGGUCGAGGCGUUCCAGCGUGUGCAUGACCGGGAGAGUGCAUUGUGGGCGCUGCGCUGCACCCAACGACUGGAUAAGUACAAUGCGUGGAUUACGGUUCACGGCGGCGGUGUGACCGGCCAGGCGGAGGCGAUCACGCUGGCAAUUGGGCGGGCUCUGCUGCUGCAUGAGCCGGGCCUGAAGCCUGUUCUCCGGAAGGCUGGUGUCAUUACCGUCGAUGCCCGUCGCGUGGAGAGGAAGAAGCCGGGUCACGUCAAGGCCCGCAAGAUGCCUACCUGGGUCAAGCGUUAA